GCAUUUCUCAACACUGAUUGGUCAGACAACCUCUGAUGUAAGGGCUCAGCCCAUUCAGUCCUGGCUGCGAGAGGUGUUUUGGUAUUUUUAUUGCCAUAAGGUCCUUCCAAAAUCCACAUUCAGAUCCACACAACACUCCCUAGGUUGUCCACUUUUGUUCACAACACUGCUACUGCUCUGUUAAUCAGCAUGGCUUAUCCACUGGUGAUUCUGCUCUGUGUGGGACUGCUGCACCAGACAGCACAGGCUGUCCGGAUGGAUAAACUUGCAGACAACAAGACUUGUGGAGAUGCAGAAUGCUCAUAUGUUCUCUCCAUGGCCACAGUCAUGGACGACUUCAUAGCUCCUGACUGCAGAUUCAUCAACCUCAGGAAGGGUCAGAUGGUCUAUGUGUAUUCUAAACUCACACCAGAGGAGGGCGCUGGAGUCUUUUGGUCUGGAAGUGUUUACAGCGAGCGGUACGUGGACCAGAUGGGAAUUAUUGGAUACUUCCCUGCAACUGUGGUGAAGGAGACACAGAAGUUCAUGGAAGACACGGUUAAGAUUCCCACGACAGACAUGGACUUCUACUGUGAUUAAGACAUGACAGAUGAGGACUCUUUUUUUUUAAGUCUUGCUUUUAGAUGCCCUGGCAGUUUUUAAAGAGACUUCAUAAAUCUGGAUAAUCCCAGCCCUCCAUAACCAACAGUCUAUCCCCCCUGCCACUGAGUUAGCUCAUACAUUUUGUCUUCUUCUGUCUUAACAAGACACCCUGAAUAAACUCUUUUUGAUUUCAA